UCUGUCUCUAUUUUAAAGACAGAAUCCACUUUUAAGGUUUCUGGCCAAUGGAGUAUUUCACCAACCGGUGUUCUUCUAGUCACUCUUCUACGGUCCAACUUUUCUGUUUUUAUCAAAUGGACAGUGGAAAGCCACGAUGGGAAAGUUUCUCAAGUUAUCGAAGUUAUCCCCAAGAAUGGAUUAAAGAAGUGAAUCAGCAAAGAUUUGUAAACUUCAGCGUCCUCCAAUUGUCUAUUUUAAUUGCACAACCUGAAGAUAGUGGUCCAUUUCAUUGUAUUCUACCAAAUAAUAGACGUAAUAGUUUACACCUCCAAAUUAGAGAUGAGUAUUGUCAACCCAUAGCCAAUAGUUCCCCAACCUUAAAUAUUCAUUACUCGUCAACUGCUGGCCCUCAUCUCACAAACAAAUCGCAUCUAUUUUUGGGCACAGUUGCACAGUUUUCUUGCUCUUCGGGAUAUCAAAUUCUCAAUCAACGCCCUCUGAUUUGUUUGGAAGGCGGCCAUUGGUCUCAGCUAGCUCCAACAUGCACUCACAUUCAAUGCCCUCCGAUUAUUCUCCACCAUCCUCAAUUACAUUGUCAAGUAAGCAGUUAUAGACCUGGGGGAUCAGCACAUUGUAGUUGUAAUCCGACACAUGAAUUAAUUGGAAGGGCUACCUUUAAAUGCGGUUUAGACGGCCUUUGGGAGGAAGAGUUGCCUAAAUGUAGAGAAAUUAAAUGUUCAAUGCCUUCAUUACCUCCACCUAUUUUUGUUAAAACCCACGUUCCAUCGUUCUCAUCGACUUCUGAGAUGAAUCCUAUCACGUUUAGUGUUGGGCAUUUAUUGUUGCUUCAAUGUCCACAGUCUUAUUUGUUAACUGGUUCGUUAAUAUUUUAAUUGACACUGGUAAGGGAGAGGGGAGACUAAUUGGUUAGUAUUUAAAGAAUCUGCUAGGCGAGGUUUAAGAUCUAUUAAAAGAGAAGGUAAGAGCAUCAUUGUGGUGGCUCCGUCGGUAGAGCAGCGCCUUACUUGAGGAGCGAAAGCGCCUAGCAAUAACUGCUAAGAGGCGAUGGAGGCCUGUUCCUGGACUCUGGGUUUGAUUUAUUGACUGGGCCGGAUCCUGGGCCUGAAGUCCAGGAAAACCCCAGGAAUGUAAAAAAUGCCUGGGCCUGGACUCUGGGUACAGGAAAACCCCAGGCCUUUGUCCAAACCCAGUUCGAUCUCUAAUGCCUACUCGAUACUAUGUAUACAGCGCCUAGCAAUCUCUAUGUAAAAAUUAAGGGUCUGAUUUUUUACUCUGUCAACCAGAUGGAUAUUGGAGUGAAUUGAGAACACGAUGCGAGCAAAUUUGUCGUUUCCCUGGACAAAUUAAACACGGAAAUACAAUCCACCCUCCAAAGGAUCAUUAUUUGGUUGGCGAACGGAUAUUUUAUUAUUGCGAUAAAGGAUAUAAUCUCAACAAUGAAAACAUUCUUGA